AUGGGGUGCUGGGCCUGGGUCCCCAACCCCGACCCUCCACCUAGGCUCUCCUUGCUCCUGCUGCUGCUGCUGCCGCCUCUGCUGCUUGGAGGGUCCCACCCACCGGCCGGCAGGAAUUACACGGAGCCCCCAGAACCGGCGACCUUGGACAGUCCUGGCAGCCCCAGGACUCUGGAAACCUCUUGGACCCUUGAGACCCCUGUGAGCCCCAUGACCUCAGCGACCUCAGCGACCUCAGCGACCCUGGCAACCCUGGCCACUAAGGCUCCAGAGCCAGUGCGACCCCAAGUGCUCACAGAGGCUGGCCAGCCCUGCAGCUUCCCCUUCCGCUAUGGCGGCCGCAUGCUGCACUCGUGUACAACCGCAGGAGGCGCUCACAGGAAGUGGUGUGCCACAACCCAUAACUACGACCGGGACCGGGCCUGGGGCUACUGUGUGGAGGCCCCCAGUCCUGAGGGCCCAGUCGCCCCAGACCCCUGCGCCUCCAGCCCUUGCCGCAACGGCGGCUCCUGCGCCCCUUCCCAGGACCCCGCCGCCUACCACUGCACCUGCCCCGCGGCCUUCACGGGCAGGGACUGUGGCACAGAAAGAUGCCUCGACGAGACGCGCCACGAGUACCUGCCGCUGGGCGAGCGCUGGGCCCGCGUGCGCCAGGGCCGCGUGGAGCAGUGCGAGUGCCGGGCCGGCGGGGCCCGGUGCCAGGACGCGCCCCACACAGUUUGCCAGAGCAGCCCGUGCCUGAACGGGGGCACCUGCCACCUGAUCGUGGCCACGGGGACCACCGUGUGCGCCUGUCCACCGGGCUAUGCCGGGCGGCUGUGCAACAUCGUGCCCUCCCAGCACUGCUUUCAGGGAAAUGGCACUGGCUACCGCGGUGUGGCCAACACGACCACCUCGGGCCUCAGCUGCCUGCCCUGGAACUCCGACCUGCUCUACCAGGAGCUGCACGUGGACUCGGUGGCCACGGCGGCCCUGCUCGGUCUGGGUCCCCACGCAUACUGCCGGAACCCGGACAGGGACGAGCGCCCCUGGUGCUACGUGGUGAAGGACAGCUUGCUAUCCUGGGAGUACUGCCGCCUCCCGGCCUGCAUCGAAACGCUGGCCAGGAUCCAGCCCCGGGUGUCGGAGGUCCUGGUGCCGCUGGCUGAGCCGGUGGCAGCUGCGCGGCCCACCUGCGGGCGCAGGCACAAGAAGAGGAGCUUCCUGCGGCCGCGUAUUGUGGGCGGCUCAUCCGCCUUACCCGGCUCCCACCCCUGGCUGGCCGCCGUCUACAUUGGCAACAGCUUCUGCUCUGGGAGCCUCGUGCACACCUGCUGGGUGGUGUCAGCCGCCCACUGCUUCGCCAGCAGCCCGUCCCAGGAGAGCGUCACGGUGGUGCUGGGCCAGCACUUCUUCAACCAGACCACGGCCGUGACCCAGGUGUUUGCCAUAGAGAAGUAUGUGUCAUACCCACUGUACUCCGUGUUCAACCCCAGCGACCACGACCUCGUCCUGAUCCGGCUCAAGAAGAAGGGCGAGCGCUGCGCCGUGCGCUCGCAGUUUGUGCAGCCCAUCUGCCUGCCGGAGCCGGGCAGCACCUUCCCCGCCGGCCACAAGUGCCAGAUCUCGGGCUGGGGACACGUGGACGAGAACUCGAGCGGCCACUCGAGCGUCCUGCGGGAAGCGCUCGUGCCCCUGGUCGCCGACCACAAGUGCAGCAGCCCGGAGGUGUACGGCGCCGACAUCAGCCCCAACAUGCUGUGCGCUGGCUACUUCGACUGCAAGUCGGACGCUUGCCAGGGCGACUCGGGUGGGCCCCUGGUCUGUGACAAGGAUGGCGUGGCCUACCUCUACGGUAUCAUCAGCUGGGGUGACGGCUGCGGAAGGCUCAACAAGCCAGGUGUCUACACCAGAGUGGCUAACUAUGUAGACUGGAUCACUGACCGGAUACGGCCCUCCAGGCGGCUUGUGGCUCCCUCCUGAGACCCCCGGGGGGGCCGCUGUCCUACUUCCUCCCAGAAUAAACAGGAUCCCA